AUGGCCGACACGCCCAAAACCCGCGCCGAGCAGCGCAUCCAAGAACUCAGCGCCAUCAACGCGCAGAUCCCCCAAAUCCUCAUCAACGCCAGCAGCGCCAUCCGCGCCCUCACCAACUCCUCCUCCUCUUCCUCCAACAACACCGCCCCCGCCUCCCUCGCCGCCCACAAAGCAACCUUCCAAACCUCCACCCGCGCCUUCUUCACCCUCAUAACCCAGAUAUCUGCCCAACUCACCGACCAAGCCCGCGCCCUCGAGGCCGCCGGUAUCAUCCCCCCCACCAACGCAAAAGCCGCGUCGCGCGAGAUGACGGGCGCUGAGGCGGCGGCGCUGCUAGGAGCUGCAGGAGGCGGACCAGCUGGGGCGAUCGCGGGCGCGCAGGUGCGGGACUCGGAGGCCACGGUCACGAACGGGGGAUUGGGGGAGCUAGACGUGGGGUGGUUGAAUGCGCGGGCGGGGGAUGUGGGGAGGGGGAUGGAGGCGGAGGUUCUGGCGCGGGUGAGGGAGAUUCUGGAAGGGGUAGGGGGAGAAGUAGUUCGGGAGAAGGAGGAUAGGGAGAUGGGGGGUGUGUGA